AAAUUAGCAAGAAGACCUCGGACCCUUGGUGAGAGAGGAGAAAAUGGGAAAUCGCCUGCGUGUCUCCAUUUUUUUGGUUUUAUGCAUCUUUAUCCAAUCAAGUACUUCUGGACGAAGCCUGGAACCAGAGCUGAUUGGGAGAAGAUCUCGAGCUGUCGAAACAAAGAAAUCUUUGCAGGAGACAGAGACCAGAUUCUUGCUCUUCAAAGAUGAAACCAACAAGGGCUGUCAGAUCUGGCUCAAUCACCCAGACACACUGUGGGAGUGCGGCUUCAAUUCCUCGCUGCCUUUGGUGGUGAUAAUCCACGGGUGGUCGGUGGACGGCAUGCUGGAGAGCUGGGUCUGGCAGAUGGCGGCUGCACUCAAGUCCCGGACAGCCCAGCCGGUGAAUGUGGGGCUGGCAGACUGGAUCACCUUGGCCUAUCGCCACUAUACCAUCGCCGUGCGCAACACCCGAAUCGUGGGCCAGGAGGUGGCAGCUUUUCUCCGGUGGCUGGAGGUAACUGCUCAGUUUUCUCGAAGUAAUGUUCAUCUAAUUGGAUACAGCCUGGGUGCUCAUGUCUCAGGAUUUGCAGGCAGCUAUAUCGGCGGGAAGCACAAGAUCGGGAGAAUUACAGGGCUGGAUGCUGCGGGCCCUUUGUUUGAGGGAACUUCCCCCAGUGACCGUCUUUCUCCAGAUGAUGCCAAUUUUGUGGACGCCAUUCACACCUUUACCCAAGAGCACAUGGGCUUGAGCGUGGGUAUCAAACAGCCCGUGGGGCACUAUGACUUCUACCCCAACGGGGGCUCCUUCCAGCCCGGCUGCCACUUCCUCGAACUCUACAAACACAUUGCACAGCAUGGCUUAAACGCCAUCUCCCAGACCAUAAAGUGUGCCCACGAGCGGUCGGUGCACCUCUUCAUCGACUCCUUGCUGCACGACCACAUGCAGAGCAUGGCUUACCAGUGCAGUGACAUGGACAGCUUCAGCCAGGGCCUGUGCCUGAGCUGCAAGAAGGGUCGCUGCAACACACUGGGCUACCACAUCCGCCAGGAGCGGCACAGCAAGAGCAAGAAGCUCUUCCUUGUGACCAGAGCCCAGUCCCCCUUCAAAGUUUAUCAUUACCAGUUCAAGAUCCAGUUCAUCAACCAAAUUGAGAAACCAGUAGAACCAACUUUCACCAUGUCGCUCCUCGGAACAAAAGAGGAAAGGCAGAAAAUUCCCAUCACUCUGGGUGAAGGAAUUAUUAGUAAUAAAACCUAUUCCUUUCUCAUCACGUUGGAUUUGGACAUUGGUGAGCUGAUCAUGAUCAGGUUCAAGUGGGAAAAUAGUGCUGUGUGGGCCAACAUCUGGAACACAGUCCAGACCAUCAUCCCAUGGGGCACAAAGCCCCACUAUUCAGGCCUUGUUCUGAAGACCAUCAGAGUCAAAGCCGGAGAAACGCAGCAAAGAAUGACAUUUUGCUCAGAAAUCACAGAUGAUCUACAACUUCACCCAACGCAGGAGAAAACCUUUGUGAAGUGCGAAGUAAACUCUAAAAAAUCAAAGCGAAAGAUCAGAUGAGCUUGAUAAAACCCAGUGUAAAGAAUAAAUGAAUCUUAUUCCUU